AGAUUAAAAUUGUGAUAUUUAUUUGCAUCAUAUCAAAUAGUAGUACUGAUUUUCAAACAGUAUUCAUACUCAUUAUAAACGAGAAUAGAAUAUAUAAUUCUAGUGGACGAUACAUUAACAGCAAAACAGAAUUAUUAUCCAAAAAUGAACAAAAAAAAGCUUUUUCCAUCUGUCAAGUUUGGCUUUUCAUUGAUCCUCCGGCAACUUCACUAAAUGCUAUCUCCGUCUCUGUCUCUAGAAAGAAAAGAAAAAAAAUACAAAAUUGAAAGAUACCCACGCCCGUCGCAUUAAGAAAAUAAUUAACCUCGGACCCAUCGCUCCAUUCUUGUCCCCUCUUUUGUCUUCUCCAUUACCCCACUAAUCCAACUAUCCAUUAGCCUAAUCUGAAACCUCAUAAUCUCAUUUCAUUUCAUAAUCUCAUUUUUCUAUCUAUCUAUAUUUUUCCAUGUAAAAUUUUCUAACAUCUGGUUCUAUUCUAUCAACAUGCAGUUAUUGUCAUGGCUAAACACAUGCUCCACCUCCAACUCCGCCACCACCACCCACAACUCAACCAUUUCACUCCCAAUACCAAAACAUGCAUCAGACACUUCUUCUUCAUCUUCUCCAAACUUAACCUCUGAUGAUAGCACCUCAACUCUUUACACCAACUACUCCAUACAAACACUCCCAUCCAUUCCAUCUCUUCAGAAACUCACUCUCUCUCCACAAAAUCUCAACAACUUCUCUAUCUCAUACACAUGCCUAACCUCCCUAACACCCCACCCUUCUCGCCCAAUCACCUCCCUGGCCAUCCACAACAACCUCCUCUACGCUGCAACUGAAAACCAAAUCAACGUCUACGAUCGUCACACGUGUAACAAUCUCCACACGUUCAACUCCAAUUCAACUUCCUCCGGCUCCACCAAAACCAUCACGUUCUCGAACGAAAUGGUCUUCACCACUCACCAAGAUUGCAAGAUCCGAGUCUGGCAAAAACCAAAACCACAAAACAACAACCACCGCAAGUUAACCGUUCUUCCAACCGUCAACGAUCGUCUCCGUCGUUUUCUUCUCCCGAAAAACUACGUAACAAUCCGUCGCCAUAACAAACGUCUCUGGAUUGAACACGCCGACGCCGUAACCGAUCUCGCUGUUUCUAACGGCGUUAUCUACUCCGUUUCGUGGGAUAAAACAUUAAAAAUAUGGAGUAUCUCUGAUCUUCGUUGCGUUGAAUCCGUUAAAGCUCAUGAAGACGCGGUUAACGCGGUUGCAGUUUCUAACGAUGGAACAGUUUACACUGGAUCAUCCGAUAAACGAAUUCGGGUUUGGGCGAAACCCGUUGGAGAAAAACGACACGUGUUAGUUGCGACUUUGGAAAAGCAUAAAUCAGCGGUUAAUGCUUUAGCAUUAAACGACGACGGUUCGGUGUUAUUUUCGGGUGCUUGUGACCGUUCGAUAUUGGUAUGGGAACGAGAGGAUAGUGCAAAUCAUAUGGUUGUGAGUGGGGCUUUAAGGGGGCAUCAGAAAGCGAUACUUUGUUUGAUCAACGUCUCUGAUUUGUUACUUAGUGGAUCAGCUGAUCGGACGGUUAGGAUUUGGAAGCGUGAUUAUGAUGGAUCGUUUUGUUGUGUUGGUGUUCUUGAUGGUCAUAGAAAACCUGUGAAGUGUUUGGCGGCAAUUAGUAAGUAUGAUGAAGAAAGUCAAAGUUCAUCUAACGGCGUCGUUUCUGUUUUUAGUGGUUCUUUAGACGGUGAGAUAAAGGUUUGGCAACUUUCUAUUGGGUGUUUGGCCACUCAGGAUCAAAAUAUUUUGAAUUUGUAGAGUGCUAAAUAAAUCACAGAAAAUAUGAAAAGUAUAACAUAGAACAAAGUAAGUACUACAUCACAUGUAUUUCUAUUUAUUUUUUGUGCUAAGGUAAGGGAUCUUUAAAAUUCUAAUCCAAUUUUUGGUGGAAGUGGUGGAUGUGUAUAGUUUGUAAGAUUCAAUAUUGAAAAAUACUAUUAAGUCAAACAAAUAUUGAAAAAUAUUAAA